ACUGAAGAAGGGUGUCAACGACGACAACAGAAGCCAUAGUUAGCAGCAAACAAACAAGAAUAUAUUGGCAAAGAUAAGAGAAGAAGAGUAGAGAAGAAGAGAUUAGUGUUCGGCCAAAUGAUUAUUACCAGACGCCAUGGUUGGCAACGCCCUCUCCACCCUUUGCAGAUCGUGGGAAUGGCAAUUUUCAGCUUCCUGGUGGUGGCAUUCUACGCUUUCCUGGGUCUUUUUCUUGGAAACAGAACUGCAGAAAUCACUGUCACCACACUCUUCUCCGUUGUGUCUCUUUCAGUGAUGGGUCUAUUCAUAAGGUGCACUGCCAUCAACCCAACUGAUAAAACAGGCGUUAGGAAGAAGAGGACUAAGAAAAAUACCAAAUCCCAGAUCAAGCUCAACUAUGGCUUCAUUCUGGGUCAGAUUGUUUUAAGAUUCUUUAGGAGAGUGGAGAAGAAGAUCCUCAGGUCCUUCAUUAGGAGGAAGUAUCUGGAUCCAUGGAGUACUAGCUCUGAUCAUUUGGACCCAUUUCUCCCUUUCCCUCUUGUCCUCAAGGAUGAUGCAGCUGUCAACACUCCCAAUCCAAACCAAGACGACAUCUCCUUUUGCCAGCUCUGUGACAUGGAGGUCAAAAAACGUAGCAAGCACUGCCGCACCUGCAACCGAUGUGUGGAAGGCUUUGAUCACCAUUGCAGGUGGUUAAACAACUGCGUCGGCAAAAGGAAUUACACAACAUUCAUUCUUCUAAUGGUUUUUGUAUUGUUGAUGCUAAUCAUGGAAGGAGGAACUGCUGUUGCCAUAUUUGUUAGAUGUUUUACAGACAAUCAUGGAUUAGAGAAGGAGCUAGAGCAGAAGCUCUAUGUAAAGUUCCCAAGAGAGGUUCUUGCCACCAUAUCACUUUUGUUGCUUUUGAUGACGGCUUAUGGUUCAGCAGCAUUAGGACAACUCUUUUUCUUUCAUGUGGUUCUCAUAAGGAAGGGAAUACGAACAUAUGACUAUAUACUGGCAAUGAAAGAGGAGAACCAAUUUGCAGAAUUAGAUCCCUUUGAUGAUUCGGAUAUCUCUUCAGAUGAUAGCACUGAAUUUGAUUCACCAGAAAAGGCAACGUUUGUAUCCCGGUUUAUAUGCAGAGGACAAGGGCUGAACCAGAAUAACAAAAAUUUGUCCAUAAGAAUAGAAGGUGAUCCCGGGCCAUCUCUUUUAGCCAACAAACAAGGCUUCCGGGUUGGUAUCAACCCCUGGAAACUUAUAAAGCUGAGCAAAGAGAAAGCUUUACGAGCAGCUGAGAGAGCAAGGGAAAGGAUUGUAAAACAGAAGCCAAUGAUGGAGCAGGGUCCAUUGAAACCACUGCCUUCGGAAACAAAAUGUGGACCGCUGAUGAACAAACAGAUAAAUGUUCCAGAUACAGGAUCUGGUUUGACACCUCUAAUUUCUAAUGGUAGGCUUGCAGGAUCCCCAGGAAGGUUUUCAAGCCCAAGAAGGAGAUUUUCUUGCCCUCCAUCUACCAUUUCUGCCAUUUUGGCAUCACCACAGCACAAGUACAGAAGCAAUUUUGACUUGAAAUUGACAGAUGUGUCCAAGGAGCUUGAGACCUACAUUUCAAGGCAGGUUUUAUGUUCUGUUAUAAAGGAGGAUGGGAGUCAGCCAUCCCCAAGAUAGGGAUUUUAAAUUUGAUGGUUUGGAUUCUCAGCCUUUGAGAAAUAAAGUCCCUUGUAUUGUUGUGUGUAUACUUUCUUUAUAUCUCAACGAGUCAAAACAUGCAUGUAACAUUUCCUGCUCUGAUGCAAUAUUUAUUAUAUACAUAUAUGUGGAUUUUUUUUAGACA